AUGUAUCGAAACAAUUGGUCUAUCCUGUCAUCAUUUUUCAUGGAUCCACGAUUCACCGAUGAGACUCGUGCUUUUCUUAAUGUGAUCAUGCAGGCACCUCCUUCAACAAAUGAUAUAGAUAUCACAACAAAGCGCCAACAAACAGAAUCUCUGUCCGUUAAAAUGAAUGAAAAACUCAUCGAUACUUUCAAAGGAACUCUACAAGAACAAAAGGUUGCAGCUAAUUCAACAGAGAUACCAAUAACUAUCUACACACCUGUCGAUGUCAAUACGACAAAACUUGUGAUCUUUUUUCAUGGUGGAGGCUGGACGCUUUGUAGUCGAAAGACGCAUCAAGCCAUGGUCAAUAUGUUGGCUGAUGCGACGAAAGCCGUUUGGAUUUCGGUAGAAUAUCGCCUCGGACCAGAGCACAAAUUUCCUACUUGGUGGAAUGAUGCUUAUGAAGUAGCUCAGCAUAUUCUGGAAAACAAACAAUCAUACGGUGUCGACCCAUCGGCCAAAGUGGGCUUGGCUGGUGACAGUGCCGGUGGCGCAUUGAGCGCAACAAUUUGCCGGGCACUGAAAAACAUUGAUUUCCAGAUCCUAAUCUAUGGUAUUUACGAUGUAAGACGGACAACACCUGCGUUCAAAGAAUUCGUUCAUCCGAUGUACUUUCUCACGCCGGAAAUGAUGGACUGGACAAUGUCGUCAGCAUUUGCUGAUACGAAAGAUUUGACUGAUCCUCGUGCUUCCGUGCUGUUAAGUUCCUCUUUCGAAGGUUUACCACCUUGUUUGUUCAUUGUCGCUGAACUUGAUCCAUUGCGAGACGAAAGUUAUGCAUAUCAAAAGGUUCUCGAUCAAGCUGGUGUUAAGACCAAACUGGUCCUCAUCAAAGGUGUUAUUCACGGAUUUGCCUCUGGUCCAGGAGUUUUUCCCAAAGCGUGUGCUGAAAUGACUAACGCUAUAGAAGAAUUCAUGGCUUCGUUAUAA